AAAAUAAAAUAGAGAAAAAGAAAAAUGUUCUUCUUCUUCCCCGGGCAGUGAAGGGCUUUGGUACUUCUGCUGCUCAGCUUGAGAUUGCAGCGGCCAGCAGGUGUUCGGGUGCAUAUGGUCUCCCCUCUGGCUUCUGUUCAGAUUUGCAGAUCUCCGUGAAAAAGAAGCCCCGAGUCAUCUCGAGCUCUGUGAAGGAGCUCCAUUUGUUUUAUUCCCCAGAAAAAUGGCACUCGUUGUGAUCUGUGGGCAGCCCUGCAGCGGGAAAUCAACUGCUGCUCUCUCCCUAUCGGAAGCACUCAAAGAAUCGGAAUCCAAACCAGCAGUACGGAUAAUUAAUGAAGCUUCAUUCCACCUUGAUCGGAACCAGAGCUACGCUGACAUGCCCUCAGAGAAGAACCUGAGAGGCGUUCUACGCUCGGAAGUUGAUCGUUCAUGUUCGAAAGACAGCAUCAUCAUAGUCGAUUCUUUGAACAACAUCAAGGGUUACCGCUAUGAAUUGUGGUGCUUGGCUCGCGCAUCAGGCAUAAGAUACUGUGUGGUUUUCUGUGAUGUCGAAGAGUCCCAUUGUCGGAAAUGGAACGAGGAGCAGAGAGAGAAGGGAGAAGCUUCGUACAAUGAGAAGAUAUUUGAAGACCUUGUGAGGAGAUUUGAGCGGCCUGAUAGGAGAAACCGGUGGGACUCUCCCUUGUUUGAACUGUCACCGGAUAAAGGAGGAGUCGAUAAAUCAUCUCCUACUAUCAUAGAGGCGGUUUCUUACUUGACGAAAAGGGUAGACUCAAAGACUCGCGAUGUGAAAAUUCUGCAACCCACAAUCGCCACACAGACCACUCGGGCUUCUGAGGCGAACUCCCUUUAUGAGUUGGACAGAGCUACGCAGGAAGUGAUUAAUGCAAUUGUUGAAGCACAGUCCCAAGCACAUGGCGGCCCCUUAAAUGGGAUUGUACUCGGGGAAGGGCUACCGAGUAUUGAUAUUUCGAGGCCAGUAGGACUGCCUGAGCUGAGGCGGCUCCGGAGGACCUUUAUAAAGUUGACAGGACAGACUAGUUUGAGCGGGGCCCCGCCGCCUUCUGAUGCGGACAGUGCUAAGAGGAUGUUUGUUGACUAUUUGAACCGAGAACUGGGGAACUCUUGAAACCUCGAACCAAGAAUUUUUCCUUAGUUGUACCAUAACUCGUUCUGGCUGCUGCUGUACCACAAUUUUGCUCAUAUUCUUGUUUAGAGCUUUUGUGCUGGACUCAGAUAAGGCUAGUUCCAGUCAUUUUCGCCUUUCAAGUUUCCAAUGGUCUGAUAACUGAAUUAGGAUUUGGCAACAUGCUCGUCACUCGGGCAAACAUCGGGAUUACUUCCUGUAACGAUUAUGAUGGUCAGAAGUUGUAACAUACA